AUGGGUUCGCUGCCAAAUGGGCGCCAGCUCAACAUCGAAAGCGUGGCAAUAAUCGGCGCAGGUUCAUCUGGUCUCGCAGCUGCAAAAUACCUGCUGGCAGAACGAGCAUUCUCCCGGAUCGUCAUUUUCGAGCAGCGCUCCAAAGUAGGCGGCCUAUGGAACCAUGUUCCUCUCGGCCCCAAGGAUGAGGAGAGUUUGCCUGUCCCUCAAACAAGUCCAGAUGCUGGGCUGGACCAGCGAACGCAGGGAGGCACGGACGGCAGCCCGCAGUCUUUCAUCAGUCCAAUGUAUGACAGACUGGAGGCAAAUAUCCCACGGAACCUCAUGAGAUACUCCGAUCUGGAGUGGCCGGAGGAGUGCCCGCUAUACCCUCGGCAUGAGCAAGCGCUCGAGUACAUCCGCCGGUACGGCCAGGAUGUCGAGCACUUGAUCGAAUCUUCCACACAAGUGCUCGAUGUACGGCUCGACGAAGACCACAAGUGGCAAGUCAAGACGCAAUUACUCUCUUCCAGCAACGGCGAAAUCACCGAGCACACCUUCGACGCCGUUCUCAUCGCCAACGGCCAUUUCAACGUGCCUUUCAUCCCCUCUGUACCAGGUAUCGAAGCAUGGCACGACGCCUUCCCCGGAUCGAUCCUCCACUCCAAACUGUAUCGGCGUCCGGAAGACUACGCGGGCAAAAAGGUGAUCGUGGUCGGCAACUCGGCCAGUGGCACCGACAUCGCCGCUCAAAUUGCGAAAGUCUGCGCGCAACCGCUUCUAGUGUCGACGAUAGCGAAGUCUCCAUACGGACCGCCCGAUGAAUCCUCUGGCAUGGUAGAGAAGCCUGCGAUCGAGGAGUUCGACGCAGUAGACCGUACUGUCCGCUUCACCGACGGCACAUGCGAAAGCGAGAUCGACGCCAUCGUAUACUGCACCGGUUACUUCUACUCCUACCCAUUCCUGAAGUCCCUGGACCCUCCCGUGAUCGGCACAGGCAGAUACGUGCAGAACACAUACCAGCACGUCUUUUACCGCCCUCAACCUAGCCUCGCCUUCCUUGUGCUGAAUCAGGCCAUCGUUCCGUUCCCUUUUGCAGAGGCGCAGAGCGCGGUGGUUGCGCGCGUAUGGUCUGGCCGAGUCCAGCUUCCUGGUGAGGCGGAGAUGGAAACUUGGGAGAAGCGAACGGAGGAGGAAAGUGGAGGUGGAGCGUGGUUUCAUGUCUUGUUGUACCCAAAGGACGCGAACUACAUCAACUUUAUGCACGAUUGGGCUGCUACUGCAGACCAGCAGCAUAUUGAGCACGCCACGAAUGGUAGCGCGCAAGCGUCCGACAAGGCUACUGUGGGGAAGACGCCGCCGUAUUGGGGGGAGAAGGAAUGUUGGACGCGGGAGAACUUUGUGUUUAUCAAAAAAGCGUAUCAGGGAUUGGGAGAGGAGCGGCACACAAAGCGGACAUUGGAAGAUGUUGGCUUCGACUUUGCGGCUUACAAGAAAGAGAAGGAGGAAGAGGACAAGAAGCUGUCCUGUUGA